CAGCAAGAUAAAUAAUUUCCACUAAUAUAACCGCUGUCCACAUUGGUAUGACUUCCUCCAGAAAGAGCUGGAGACAAGAAAUAGGCCUAUAUUUAGCCAAGUAACACAAAAAGGUUUAAAACUACAGAUAUUAUUCCUGUGUUGUGCACGUUUGUAGUCCACAAAUUAAUAUGAUGAUUGGUUUAAAGGAACAUCGCUAGCUUUUUGUGUGUGAAUUGCACAUGUUGAGGGAAGAAUUAACUGUUGCUACAAAAAGAUGCAGUCCUGCCUUUCACUAAGUCAGGUACAAUUUAAUCACUACCAUAUAUUAAUUUAUUUCAGAGACGCUUGAGCGUCGUAGGCUAUUCCUGUCCAGUUGGCGGCGGUAAAGCGCAAACUUACCGUUUUAACGCUACCAUAGACCACUUUGUUAACUGCUAGAAUGCAAUGUUUGUGUUUGGUUGCACACCAUAAUCUUUUUUAUUUUAUUUGACUCACUUUUAUAACGACUAGCCUACGUCGACCGUUGCAACACAACUAAUGGCAGAAUCAUUACAACAGGAAACUAGCCACACGGGACCUGGCCAUUUGACAGAUUGUGUGAUAGCAACAGGAACGAUGCCAGAUGUUACGAUGUCAUUCCGCUGUGAACUUCAAGAUAUCAUGGCGACACUCCUCGAUACCACUGUCAUGCAGAUUUUACGGCUAGUGCAAAAAGAAUUUUUGGAGAAAUUAAAACAGAAUGAGCAGGAGAUCCAUGGAUUACAGGAGAAACUAAAGAUGGUUGGACAUCUGAGAGAAGGAGAUGAGGAGACAGAGGAAGCUGAUGAAGAGACAUUUCACAGGGAAACUGUAACAGAGUACGAGCAACAUAACAGAGAGACAGAAACACAACUAAGCACAAAUGAGCCUGAGCUCAUUGAAGAGUUUGCAGGGAACAAGGGAAACACGGAGGACGAUCUAGAAAUCAUCCAAGUAAAUGAAGUGGGAAAUGCAGAGAGGGAUGCUGAGACUGGAGGAGCUGGAGCAGUACGAGACACAGGAAGUGAGACUGUCCAAAGUGACGUGAGGGUUGAAGGGGAGGUCGAAUUCACAGACAAUGGUGGGAAUGCUGGAAAAGAAAACCAAACAGAGAAAGAGGGACAAAAAGUAAGAAGAAAACGUAAAAGGGUGAGAGUGAAAAGUGAAAUGGAGGAUUGUGGUGUCAUAAUGAAUGAGAAGAUGACCACCAGUGUUGACAACAUGGUUCUCAAACUGGAGGAUCCUGUACAAGUUGAAGGAACUGAUUCUUGUGACGUCACUGAGUCCCGAGGGGGAGCUGGACACCAGGUGUAUCUCCUUGAGGAUCAUGACUAUCCAUGUAAUGCGGAUUGCUGUGAUACCACAAGUGUGACGAAUUUACUGGAGAUGAAGCUUCCCACUUCACUAAAUGAGUCCACUGCUCAACACUGCUCUGUGGGUGCAGACAGUAAGUUAAGGGAGGGAAUAAAAUGCAACACAAGUUACUCCUCUCUUGCGACCUUCGACCCCCAAACUGAAAUCAGUGAAGAAUACCUAGCUAAGGCCAAGGUAGCUCUAACUAAAAUGGAAGGUCUACCAGACAGAGGAUGGGUCCUUCUGGAUCCUCUGACUGGUAAGUUUUGCAUCAAAGAUGAGCUGGACUUUAAACCUGAGGGGAUGGGAAGAGAUGAAGAAGAUGAAGAAGAUGAAGAAGAUGGAGAAGAUGGAGAAGAUGGUGAAGGAGGUGAAGGACCAAGUGCUGAUCCAAGCAUAAACGGCACACAUUCUGUGGAGACAGGGGUCAAAAUGACCACAAAUAGCAGCACUCAAACAGAAGCUCAAAUAACUGUAAUGAUGGGUGAUGAAUUUGAUAAGGUGAAUCUGAACUCUCCAUCUGCUAAGGAGGAGGAGCCAAACAGAGUUAUCACCAGAAGCAAUAAAGCUAAUAGAACUAACAGCAUCAGCACCAAAACCAAUGAGACGAAUGUUGUGCAAAGUCGGAGAGGCUACGCUACUAGAAGCACUGGAAACACUGUAUCAGCUAGAGCCAAAAGAAAAGCUAAAAAGAAUCAUAACAUAAAUGUCUGUGCCAGUGAAGCCAACACUAGCAAGAAAACCUGUGCUGAUAGUCCUCAAGGCAAGAGUAGAAACAUUGGAAAAGGUAAAAAAGUUCACAAUUUUGAAAAUAGGGUUUACAGAUCAGGACACUUCAUAAUUAGUCCAGGUACUUUGACCAAGAGCAGAAAAGAGUUCACCAAGAAAAGCAGUGGACGGAUAUACACGGCCAAAGUGAAAGUAUGUGAUCCUAGUGACCAAAGCUUCGAAGUGAAAAAUGAACCUCACUCUAAGGGAAAAGUCUUUGAAUGUAAACACUGUGCAAAGACUUUUCCCACCUUACCAUAUCUGAAAAAACAUUGGGAAUAUCACUCUCCAAACAAAAAGUACAUAUGUUCUCAUUGUGGGAAGGGGUUUGUGUAUGAAUGUCACCUGAAAAUCCAUCUGCAGUCACAUACAAAAGAGAGGCCGUACCAGUGUAAUCAGUGUGGCAAAAGGUUUAGAUACAACUCCAAUCUGAAGUAUCAUCUAGCCUACCACACUGGAGAAAAGCCACAUGUUUGCCUGCAGUGUGGAAUGGCCUUCAGCCGCCGUGGUCAUCUGGUCAAGCAUGUCACUUGUCACUCGGGGCUGAAGCCUUAUUCCUGCUCUCAUUGUGACAAGACCUUUGCUGCAAAAGGAGGGUUGACAAGGCACAAACAGAUUCAUCUAAAAAAACAAUAAAAAAAACAGGUCAAAUUAAAUAGGCAAUGUUUUAAAGGUUCUGACCACUAACUUUGUUGGUUGCUCAGUAUGAUGUGUGGAUAGACAGUGAUUAUUUCAAGAUGGUGUCUCUAUUAAAUGUUUUGUAUGGUG